CGAAGGCAGGCUGGUAUCUGCAAGCUCCGGGCCAAUAGCUCUCCCCCGACCGAGAGGGACGCAACUGGUAUCAUAUUUUAUUUUUUGUUCAGUGUCUGUCUGCCUGUGUAACCGCUCAGCACUCGGCAGGAGAGGACAUUUAGCUAGUCGGUGCACAGGGAAACGAGCGGAUAUUGUUGAGAUGGAUGGAUCAAGUGAGCGGUUUUCGCCGUGAGACUGGCGCUAAUUUGGACGUCCCCUGAGCAGCAGGUGUACUGAAGGAUAAAGCAGAGGACUCAGGGGAAUCUCAGUGUUCAUGAAACUUUGCUACGAUUUACGUGCUGGGGUUGCCGUCCGCCAUGUUAAGGUAAAGCCCAGGUGCGCGGUGUUGACCAUGCUAAAGCGCUUGGACAAGAUCCGCUUCCGAGGCCCCAGGACGAGGGACGACUUCCCGGACCUGGCCGAGUCGCCGCCCGCCUCUGACAAUGAAUGUAGCGACGAAAUGCAGCUGAAGCCCAGAGCAGCACUGCGGGACACAGAAGACCCUAGUGACCCGAGUACCAGCAGUGUGAUAGUUGGUGUGACGAUCCUCUCGGUCCUGCGUGUCUCGGUCUUUGGUGGUGGUAUUCUCAUCCGGUCGGGGGUCGUGGCCGUUUCCAGUUUAAGGGUGCUGAGUACCGGUGUGGGUGCUGGCGUCCUCCGGUGCGUGUGGGUGGGUUGUGUGGCUGUCGAGUGGCGUCUCGAUGUCAGGGAUCAGCCGCUCGGUCGGAUGCCGUCUGUCGUCGGCCGGAAGCUCGGCGCUGGCUGGUGUCUCGUGGUGGUAACCGUGGCUCAAUUUCAAGAUAGAACCAAGGCGGCCACUCUGCCGCCCCGCUCCUGCACGAGUUUGCCAGGGACAGGCCGACUGCAGAGACGGAUGGGUUUUUGCAAGCUGGAGGACUGCACCUUUGACAGCUUUGAGCUGCUUUACAGUGGAGCUAUCGAUAAGAUCAAAAGCCACAAAAGUAACCUCAACCUCAAGGAGGAGCUGAGGAAGCUGCGGGAAGAGACCAAUGUGGACUCUCUGCGGCAGGAGCUGGAGAGAGAGCGAAGCAAGAGGAUAGACCUGGAGCAGAAGAUGAAUGAGGUGCUCAAGUCCAGGCUGGAGGACUCUCCACCACAGCCUCCCCGGAAACAGCAGUCGCCCUCAAACAAUGGAACAGCAGAUAAACAGCAGAAGGAGGUCUGGAGUUCACGGCUGCAAAAGUGGGUAUAUGAGCGCUUCGGGGUUUACAUCGAAGACUUCCGUUUCCAGCCAGAGGAAAGCACCGUGGAGGCCGAGGAACCGCUAAGUGCUAAAAGGUUAACAGAAAAUAUGAGGCGACUCAAGCGAGGAGCCAGACCUGUCACCAACUUCUUAAGGAACCUCUCCGCCUUAUCUAAUUGGCACUCCGUCUACACCUCAGCUAUUGCCUUCAUUAUCUACAUGAAUGCUGCUUGGCAUGGCUGGGCCAUUCCCAUGUUACUCUUCCUGGCUAUCCUGCGCUUGUCCUUAAAUUACCUCAUCGCCAGAGGUUGGAGGAUCCAGUGGAGCAUUGUGCCUGAGGUCUCUGAACCCAUGGAGCCUCCAAAGGAAGACUUGACUGUAUCUGAAAAGUUCCAGCUGGUACUUGAUGUUGCACAAAAAGCACAGAACCUGUUUGGUAAGAUGGCAGAUGUUUUGGAGAAGAUAAAGAACCUGUUCAUGUGGGUGCAGCCAGAGAGCACCCGGAAACUUUACAUCUGCCUGUGGGUGGCUUUCAUAACCUCCUGCGUCCUGCCAUAUAAACUAAUGGGCUUCAUGAUGGGCCUGUACGCCGGUAUCAAGUUCUUCAUCAUAGACUUCCUGUUUAAGAGCUGUCCGAAGCUGCGGGACAAGUACGACACCCCCUUCAUCGUGUGGAACAGCCUUCCCACAGACCCUCAGCUCAAAGAGAGGACCAAUGCCACUGUGUCACGGCGGGUUCAGCCGGUGGUUUCUCGGGGCAGCCUGGCCACCGUCCCGUGCGGGGUGAGCAGAGAGGAGGACACGGGUCGCUCCCACAGCACCAAGAAGGGAGCCUUUCACGAGAUCUUUAACCUGCAGGAGUCAGAGCGCCCUCUGGCGGUGUGUGAGAACGGCUGGAGGUGCUGUCUCAUAAACAGAGACAGGAAGAUGCCCACAGACUACAUCAGGAACGGAAUGCUCUACGUCACAGAGAAUUACCUGUGCUUUGAGAGCUCCAGCUCCAGAUCCGGCUCAUCCAAGAAGAAUAAAGUUAUCAAGCUGGUGGACAUCACUGACAUCCAAAAGUACAAAGUGCUGUCAGUUCUACCAGGAAGUGGGAUGGGUAUCUCAAUAGCCACCCCGUCCACUCAGAAGCCAUUGGUAUUUGGUGCCAUGAUCCACAGAGACGAGGCUUUCGAGGCCAUCUUUACCCAGUACAUGAAGAUCAUGACCACCACAAAACCACCGGCCAGCGCAGAGCCAUAGACUGCCUGCAGCACACUUCCACACUGGGGCUAAAGUCUGGGGAGAGAGGGCCUCCUGAGAUUCAACUGGACUGGAAGACACUUAAAAAGAAACCACACACCACACUCCUCUGCUCUGCUCCUCCUCCUCCUCCUCUUUUUGUGAUGAGCAUCGGCUUCCUUAUCGAUAGUCAUCGGUGGACUUCCUGUUUGGGUCACGUCGGAGGGGGUGUGUGGGCGUGUCGGCUACAUGUCUGCGCAGUUGGGAUUUAGUUGCAUCACACACUUUACGUGGGUGUCGGAUAACAAACAAAAUCCACUCACUGGUUCUGGGAGGAGUGAGGAUCGGCGUGGUUUUUAUCAAUCAGCAGAAGGCUGGCGAGGGGGGCUGGUUCUCCCCUCCCCACCUCACUGACCAACUGACUGGCUGACUGAGUUUCCUGACUUACUUGUUUCUGUGUGUGUGUGUGUGUGUGUGUGUGUGUGUAGGCCGAACUUAAGCACUUAAAUUGCGUCAAGUGGCUCUAUUUUUCUCUUUAUCCCUGUCAGUGGAGUGACUUCUGCUGUGGUAGGAGGAUUUCAAGAAGUGCUCAACCUAGCUGUAAAAUGAAUAUCAUAAAACAAUUAGAAGAUAAAACAAGAGGUGCUUUCAACUGCCAGACAUCUGUAGGAACAAACAUGUAAGUUUUAGCUUCAUAAAUCAGUGCAAAAACAACUAUUAAUGUUAAAAUAUUUAGACAUUUAACUGGUUGAUCGGUGCCUCCUAGCGUAGCCCAACAAAAUUAUAAGAGUGUGCGAGUGGUCAGUGAUUGUUUUUUUUAAUGUGUAUUAGCUGUGAAAACGUCAGAUCAGCAUUUGACUGACACAGAGCCUUUCUGUUAGUUUACAUUGCUGCUGUCUACUUUCUUGAGUUUUUUUUCCCCCUCUACUUUCUAGACACAGUUCAGCAGCUUCAGUAUGUUUUAGUCGUCUUUGUCGAUCUAACAAACAGAAAAUGUACGCUGCCGUGUUCAGCAUCUGCUUCGGUGUUUCUAAGUGUACGUAUGUGAAACGUGUAGUGAAAUGUUCGUUUCCUUUUUCUUUCUUUUUUUUUUUCUCAAAAAUGCCUUUCUUUUGAAAUCUGUCUUUGUAACAAACAGCCUUUGGGAUGAGUAAGUGGCGGUCCUGGAGCUGCUGAUUGUGUCCGAGACGAGAGCACAACCACUGUUAGAUGGUUCAAACACUGACUGCCAUUUAGAGCUGUGUCACAGUGGAGAUCAAGGCACAAUCUGUAAAUAUAUAGAGAGAGUUUCUUCUUUUCUUCCCCCAUCAAUGGUAUUCUCCCUGCACUUUAUUAGGACGUUAACUGGAAUUCCUGACAUCUAUGUUGCAGUGCAUAGACUUCAAAUGCUCACUACUUCAGAUGGAAUCCAUGGUCAGUGUUAGCAAAUAGUUCCAAAGCUAUGUCCUGUGGUAUUUCUCUUUUGUGUGACUGCUUGAGCCAGCACAGGUCACAUCCUGCUGGUCUCAGUGCCACACAAAUGAGGUCCAUGCACGUUGUAUUCUUGCCUGAUUGAUGUCUGCUGCAACCAGACAGACAACCUUCAAACUGACCAUAAAAGAAGGUACUUUGACUUGAAAAUAAAACCGCAGACGGAUUAAUUUCACAUCACUGUGGCCUCGCAUAUUAAAAUGUUGCCCUAGUUCAGCGUUUGAAUUGUACAGCUAAACCUGAUCGUCCGAGAGCAGUGCAGAAAUAUCCAUUAAACAUGUCUCCUCUUGAUUGGGUAAUCUCACUUGCUUAUAUGCGCAGCUGGUCAGGCUGUUUGAUGUUACGUAAGUAGUAAUAUCAGUUCUGGAUUUAUUAGUGCAAGUCCAUUUUUUAAGUCCGAAAACCAGGAUUAGGAGCUAUAAGACAUGCCUAAUUAUUUCCUUUUGGUUUGUUUGCUUAUUUUUUUACUCAUCUGUAAAGUCACAGAGUGAGAGUCAUCUGGGUGCUCUUCCACUUGUUCCAGAUCAUCUAAAUGUAGGCUUUUUUUUUUUUUUAAACAGUAGUCUAUGAAGUAUAUGGAUGAAGGUCUCUAGACUGAAAAGAAUAUUUCAGUGUCACUUUAUUUUAAGAGACCGUUGGCAAGACUAAAGCUGGACUUUGCUCUUGCAGAAUGGUUUGAUAUGUAGAAGUAUAAUGCCAAACUACACCUGAAACUUCACCGUGUUUUGAGAGAUAUAUAGAGAUGGGGUGUCGGACUGGAGGUGAUGAUUUCUCUUCAGAUUUCAGUUUGAGAGACAGUAGAGUAGCUAUUCCACACUCCCAACUCUUAUUUACUGUAUGCCCAGCAGCACAAGCUUUAGUUUCCUUGUAAACGUUACAAAACUCUGUUCAAAGGCAGACCUUGACAUUUGAAUAUUUACUUUUGUUCUGGUCAUUUUUACUCACCUGACACUUUAUUUUUUUUUUCGUUUGACAAUCCUUAAUCACUGUUGUGUCACUUUUUUCCUCAGAAGAACCACCGUUAUCCCCCCUUUGGACUAAAAAUGUCAAGGUUUCUCUUAAAUUCUAUACAAGUCCUCUUAUCAUCGUUACCAAUUUGAAUCAACAGAGCUGGAUAUGAAAUUGCCAGAGAAGCAAUGGACCAGUUCAGUGAACUACAUUAUUAUUUUUAGUUCAGACUAAUUUAAGGAUGAUUAUUUUUUUUCUUUGACAUCCAUUUGUAUGAUUUGGCCUGUUUAUUAUUAACAGCCAGCUUUCCCAGACAUGGAUUUUCUAUUUUUGUUUAGUAAUGAAUUUGAUCCAUGAACGAGGGGAAACCUGUUGGAUGUUAGAGCAGGCGAAAUCAGUAAAGUAACUAACGCUGUCUCACUGUGUGAAUGGAUGGCUCGUUGUAGUCUUAAAGCUUUUACCUGAAGCCUUUUUGUAAUCUGUUAACUCUGAAAGCAGCUCUCGUGGCGUCUGGGAGACCCUAACAGGGCUGCACUCAGACAAAGCACAGAAUGUAUCACGUUCUAAAUGUCUAGGAUUUUGUUGAUGAUUUUUUUUCUUUUUUUUCUUUUGCCAAAUCUUUAAUUUUCUGUCUGCCAUAUUCUGCCUAAGCUCAUGUUUACAGAAGGUUGUAAAAAUUAAUUUUGUUGUUUUGUUUUUUCUUAACCCAGUUUGAAUUCCUUUUGACUCUGGAGUUAUGAAGACUGGACUGCUGUUCUUGAAUUAAUGUCUCAGCUCUCAUUGGCUCUGCAUCACUCACAUGACUAUUUCUGCUCACCGUUUAACCAACAGGCAACUCAAACCACAGUGACAACAAGAGCAGUAUUUUAAACCUCAUCCAGCAUGUAAAUUGUCAUAUCCAACAUCACAGUACUUGGUUACAGUGCAGUGUCAUUUGCAGUAAAACACAGGCUUCAUACAGAGCAGAGAUGGUCAUGGUGGACUGAAAUGGCAACAUCAGUGUUUUUGACAUUUACUUUGUCCGAUAAUGCACAUUUUUUUGAAGAGUGUAGAGAGAGACAGAUAUAAAACACAAGUUUGAUUCAUUUCAUCAUCACAUUGUUUUUUUAAAAUGAAAUAAAAUGUGUGCACUCAUUACUGUAAGGCACUUUGGAGAACAGCAGACAGCAAAUUUUAAAGGAUUAGUGCGACAUUUUUGCCGAGAACUGGAUGGGAAGUUUGAUGCCACACAUGUCUGUACGCUAAAUCUGAAGCUAAUGCUAGCAGGUGUUUAGCUUAGCUUAGUUAGCUUAGCACAUAUUUUGUUACCUUUGGACAGACUCUAAGUAUUUACAGUAGAGGUGGAAAUAAAUAAUCACUUUGCUGAUUCGAAUCUUCUUUUGUUGUAGUUUGUUCACUUUAUUCGAAGUUAAUUAAGCAAUGACAGUUUAAAUGCACUUAAGCACAUACGUAAGAAGUCUAGACUAUUUGAUAUUAGAAAUGUAAUACUUCAUGAUUUUAACAAAGUUAAAAUGACGACUUUGUGAGCCUACAGAACACUCUCCCACACUUUUGUCAUGGUAUGUUGGCCCAAUUUUUUCUCUCCUAACAAUUUGGCUGUAAUCCUUUACUGUCUAAAAACUUCUACACCCUUCACUUUCCUCUGUCCUGCUGUUACCACAGACUGCUGCCCAUGGACUGGUAUCUGUCGAAUCUGUGCUAAAUUAAACAUAAAAGUGGUAUCAACCUUCUCAUCUAACUUGCAAGAAAGCGAAUAAACGUUUCCCAAAAUGUCGAAAUAUUCUUUUAAUGUUACGAAUGGUAAGCUGCACAUAAAGACUGACAUACUGGGUAUCUCACGACUGGCAAACGUUACAGAACGGUUUGAGGGUUUAACUGCUGAUACAAGCGUCAGGAACCUCGUCAAAAACAGUGGUGUUGUCCUCUCAAGGUUCCCUCCGUUUAAGCUGGUGUCCUCGCUGUUGUAUUAAAUAUGUAGUUCCUCUAACUGUGUGUAAAUGUUAAUUAAGGGUUUUCCAAAAGCAUUUCAAGUGAUCCACACUGAGUGUACAGUACGAACUGUACCAGGGCUCCUUGUCUGAUCUUGGACAAUUUACAAAUGAAUUGUCUCAGGCUGCAAACAGCCUGAAUCUGACAUUAUGACUGAAGUGAAUUUAAGAAGAUAAAAUAAAUCUCAAGGAUUCGGUCCUGUUUUAAUGGACUGAGACAGUAUUCAUAAGACGUGGUACAGUCAGUGAAUUGCAAAUUAAAGCCCAAGUGUAACUGGGAAGCACUGCAGUCAUUACAGUGAGUAAUUAAUUUGUCAUGUGUGACAGUUGCUAUAAUGACUUCCUCUUUUUCCCCUUUUUUUUGUCAAAGAGGAAUUUGUAUACAAAUGAUUAAAAUGUACAGUGAAGAACACAAAAAAACCACCUGAGUUUUUAAAAGACAUGUCUAUUGUAAAGGAUAAUGUGAUGUACAUUUUUUAAUUUAAGUAAAUGAAUUUAAGGUAUUCUG